AUGACUGGUAUACUGAAGCGUCAACCAUCGAAUUCGACGAGUGAAGACGAUGAAGGCGUCGAAUGUCCAUUGAGUGGUGCCGAAGCGUUAGCAGUAUGUAAAGAGUUUGCUGCAGCAACCAGUACUGAUACUGGAUUGGCAAUGAUGAUGUUACAAAAGAAUGAAUGGAACCUUGAACAAGCGAUCACUGCAUAUAAUAAUUCCAUACGGUCAAGAUCGAAGUCAACAACAUCAGCAAAACAAGUGAAACUUAACGCGCCAACUGAAGCAGAUGCUAAGCGAGCGAAAACGAAAGACGUACCAUCUGUAACAGCUCCAGGAGAGGAUCCAACGUUGAAAGCAAAAACACGGUUCAAGUUACUUUCAUGGAAUAUCGAUGGACUUGAUGAGCAGGAAAAUACUAUCGAAACACGAACACGGGGUGUGAUUGACGUGAUUAAACGGGAAGAGCCUGAUGUUGUUUUUCUCCAAGAAGUCAUUCCAGUCGCUUUCGAUUUGAUUCGCAACUUACUGCCAGAAUACGAUUCUUACACUGGAAGCAACGAGGGCUAUUUUGUGGUAAUACUACUUCGUCGGAAAUUGUUUCAAGUCCAAAAAUCUGAAAUUAUUGCAUAUCCAGGGACAAACAUGGAACGAAACUUGCUCGUUGUUCAUGCAACCUACAAGAAUUCAAUUGAAAUGGACCUGAUGACAUCUCAUCAUGAAAGUGGUACUGAAGAAUUAGCAAGCAGAGAACGAAUUGAGCAAUUGAAAUUAUGUUUCAAGCACAUGUUGGACGCACCUGCACAUCGAAUAGUUCUGUUCGGUGGCGAUUUGAACGUCCGAGAAAAGGAAUUACAAAAGGCAGGCAGUGUGCCUUCGGGCAUUCAUGAUCUUUGGAUUGAAACUGGCAAACGGCCGGAAUGCGCCUAUACAUGGGAUAUGAAUCGAAAUACAAAUGUCUAUUAUCCAUCAGAUACUUAUCGACCACGAGCUCGAUUUGACCGUCUUUAUUAUCGACCAUCGCAAGAAAGUACUAUUCAAUUUAAACCGGUAUACUUUGAACUGGAAGGUUUAGAGAAAUUGCCAUCAAUCAAACGCUUCUGUUCAGAUCAUUGGGCUAUCCAAGCAUAUUUCGAUAUUUGA